AUGAUUCGCCUUGGUGUCUCACAAACACCAAUCAGACGUACUCCUGGUUUCUUGUCAACUGGUCCUUCUGGCCUUGACUCGACUCAAUGGAAACGCCUGUGUACGGGAUUUCACACUUCCUCCAAAGAUCUCUGUAAUGCUCUAGCUGCUGUUGCUCGUCGAAUUUCAACAGAGAUAGUAGAUCCUGACGGUAUCUCAGCUCUAGUGGCUUGUCGUCUUGUACCUCUGAACAAAAAUCCUGGGGUGAGACCAAUUGGUGUGUGUGAGACAGUUAGAAGAAUUAUUGGAAAGGCGGUUCUUUCUGUGGUCAAGUCUGACGUGCUCUCGGCAACCGGAACCUUGCAGCUUUGUGCAGGACAGAUUGCUGGGUGUGAGGCUGCAAUACAUGCCAUGCAGUCAUUGUUUGAAGAUGACAAUACGGAAGCCAUACUACUUGUAGAUGCAACAAAUGCCUUUAAUAGCUUGAACCGUCAAUUGGCUCUAAAGAACAUCUCAAGCACUUGUCCAGCAAUUCAUACCGUAUUGCUCAACACAUAUCAACAGCCUUCACCCCUAUUCGUUGGUGGGGAAGUCUUGUUGUCGCGUGAGGGAACCACACAGGGAGAUCCUCUCGCGAUGGCAAUGUACGCCUUGGCCACAGUACCUCUGCUGAAAAAAGUACAAACAGAAGGCAGCACCCAAGUCUGGUAUGCCGAUGAUGCUGCAGCCGGAGGAAAGAUACAAGCAGUCAAACAAUGGUGGGAGAAACUCUCCAUACAUGGAGAAAAAUUUGGAUACUUUCCAAAUGCCAAGAAAUCCUGGUUGAUCGUCAAACCGAAUUGCCUUGAAGAAGCCAAACGUGUGUUCUCAAAAACGGCUGUGAACAUCACCUCUGAAGGUCGAAAGUAUUUAGGAGCUGCACUGGGAACUGAAAACUUCUGUAACGGCUAUCUCAGUGAUGCAAUCUUAGACUGGACACGUCAGAUUGACAAAUUGGCUUCCAUUGCCCAAAGUCAGCCACAAGCAGCUCAUUCCGCAUUAAGUCACGGUCUUCUGGGCAGGUGGAUUUUUACUGCGAGAACAAAUCAGAAUUUCAAAACUUUUGCUGGGCUUUUAGAAUCAUCAAUACAAUCUCAACUGAUUCCUGCUAUAACUGGUCGUUCGGCCCCUGGAGAACUGGAAAGAAAACUCUUCUCCUUACCAGCCAGACUUGGUGGUCUGGGAAUCACAGAUCCAACUUCAUUGUCUUCUGAAUACUUAAACUCUCGAAAGAUGACUGCACCGCUUGUUGACUUCAUUUUGAAUCAGGAGAUCACUCUAGGAGAUGCCCCAGAUCAACAGGAUUCUCUCAAAAAGCAAAUUCGCAAGCACAAAGGGCUAGAAAUCAAAACUCUUGCUGAUAAUGUUCGAGAUAACCUCUCACACCAACAUAAAAGAAUGUUCGAGUUAGCAAAUGAAAAGGGGGCAUCAAACUGGCUCACAGUGCUGCCAUUGGAGGAUCACGGCUUCUCAUUACAUAAGUCUGCAUUCAGAGAUGCUCUAUGCCUCAGAUAUGGAUGGGUCCCCCCUCAUAUGAGUGAAUCUUGCCCUUGCGGUGGAAAAAUGUCAGUGGAGCAUGCUAUGUCCUGCCCCACGGGAGGCUUUCCAACUAUACGCCAUAAUGAAAUCCGAGAUAUGUUUUCUCAUCUGUUGUCUGAUGUCUGUCAUGAUGUGGAAACGGAGCCCACGUUGCAAUCACUAAGUGGAGAGACGUUCUCUUUACGUUCAAGCAGUCGAGAUGAUGAUGCAAGAUUAGACAUUUCGGCAAGAGGUUUUUGGGGAGGAAGAUUUGAGAAGACAUAUUUUGAUGUCCGGGUGUUUAACCCCAAUGCCACCUCGUACACAUGUUUUGAAGUUGCAUCAUGCUAUAGAAGACAGGAACAAGAGAAGAAAAGGAAAUAUGAAGAAAGACUGAGAAAAGUAGAAAAUGCUUCCUUUACACCUAUUAUCCUUUCUUGCACUGGUGGCAUGAGCAAGCUUACAACGUCAUUUACCAAAAAGCUGGCCUCAAUGAUAUCUGAGAAAAAGGACACUCCAUACGGUAGCGUGAUCAACUGGCUAAGAUUGUUGGAAAGCCACCAGCAGGACAUGAGAGUGAGUGAUCAACUGAGAAAUGAUCUCCACAAGGGCAGAAAUCAGGUAGAAAUGCUGGUCACCAGCCAUAGCGUAGACAUAGUGCGUCGUAAAACUCAGAUUUUGUCAGAAGAAAACUAUGUUCUUCUAUAG